UUACUGCCUGUUGGUGUCUGUGUAUAUAAAGAGCCGGGGUCUCUCCCCGGACAGACUAGGACACACAGCACAGCACAGGAUGUCCCCGAAGAAAGCUAAGAAGAAGACGGCCGAGGGAGGCUCCAAUGUCUUCUCCAUGUUUGACCAAACCCAAAUUCAGGAAUUCAAAGAGGCUUUCACUAUUAUGGACCAGAACAGAGACGGCUUCAUUAACAAGGACGACCUGAGUGACACCUUCGCAGCUUUGGGCCGCCUGAACGUGAAGAGUGAGGAACUGGAGGCUAUGCUGAGUGAGGCUCCCGGAGCUAUUAACUUCACUGUCUUCCUCACCAUGUUCGGGGAGAAGCUGAAAGGCACUGACCCAGAGGAAACGAUGAACGCUUUUAAGAUUUUCGACCCAGAGGGCAACGGCUACAUCAAGGGAGAAUAUAUGAAAGAGAUGCUGAAGACACAAGCCGACAGGUUCAAUGAAGUAGAGUGUGAGCAAAUGUUCACCGCCUUCCCACCUGACGUCUCAGGGAACCUGGACUACAAGAACCUGUGCUACGUGAUCACACACGGAGAGGAGAAGGAUCAGGAGUGAGGAGGCCACGUGGAGCGGAGCAGAGCAGAUCCCAGUGGGAGGUAGAGAACACAAGAGACCUUCCACCACCUCCAGCACAACACUAUGGUUGUAAAUAAAGUUAUACCCUUGUCAGAGCUCCCACACACUGUAAAUAAAGGUGUUCUGGUAA